AUGUAUUCUGCAGAGUUUUAUAACUGGUGCAAGGUCGAACUGUUGCUUGUAAAGGCGUCGGAAUGUCUGAGAAAGGCGUUUGAGCAAAGUUGGCAACACAAGUACAAGGUGGCGUGGAGCAACUCGCCUGAGUGUGGACAGCACUUCACGAACAACGUGGGGUUAAAAGUAUACCGACACGUAGGCAAGAUUCAGAAGGAGUAUCUGGAAGGCGGCGACAUCAGAAAAUGGGACCUGACGAUUUUCAACGCUAUUUUCACCAUGACCGAUCUCAACAAAGACAAGGUGUUCCAAGGCAAUCUUAAACGCUUAAUGCCUAUCCGAAACAGCAUUGCCCACCAUUCAGACAAGAAAAUCAGCACUCAAGAGUACCAACAGUACUGGAACGAACUGAAAGGCAUCCUGUUGUUCCUAGGCGUUACGGACGAAGAGCUGGACGACAUUAUACAUUCGCAUUCGAGCGACUCCAAAAUGUAUAUUAUGACCGAAAACGUUAAAAAGUCGAUCGAACUCAAGCAUGAAGGCAACAACCUGCUAAAAGAGCAGAAAUUCCUAAUGGCAGUGACCAAAUACACCGACGCCAUCACUCUGCCGGGCAUUUCAGACGGAGAUCUUUCGGUUUUGUACUCCAACAGGUCGUUUUGCUACCUAAAGCUAGGCAAAUACGCCCAAGCCCUGGAAGAUGCUAAGCUAUCUAAGCGCCUAAACCCCGAUUAUCUCAAGGCGUACAUCAGGCUCGGAAAGGCGUAUGAGUCGCUGGGAAAAUACGACAAGGCCAUCAAAAAUUUCGACAAAGCACUCAGCCUAGAUAUGAACAAUGACGAAAUACGGCGGAUGCGAUCGGACGCCAGAAAACUAAAGGGGCUGCAAGAGCGAGACAACGACCAAAGCAUCAAGGAUCUGAAUUUGAAAAGUACACAGAAGUUCAAAGACAUGAAAAACAGGGACGAGUUCAAAAAGCUGCUGUUCAACUUCAAUCCUGCACUGGAGCAUGUCUGGGCCGGCCACGAAUACCGCGAUGAUCAAAAUUACUACAUGGCCGCAGAGUGCUACAAACAGGCAGCCGAUAUGCGUAAUGCAGAAGGCAUGUACAAUCUGGCUCUGUUCAUGAUCAACGGGCACGGCGUCAGCAAAGACUACCCACAGGCGCUUAAACUACUGCUGGAGAUCUCCAAGUUCGACGCAUUCGACAAACACAAGGAUCCUGUCGUUGGGGUGAAGGAGGCCGAACACUGCAUUGCAUUGGGCCACCACGAAGGCAGCAUUGCGGAGAAAAGUAUUGAGCUGGCUGUAGUAUGGUACGAGAAGGCGAUUUCGCAUCGAAGCGGGAUGUCGGCAAACAAUCUGGCGCUUAUGUAUAUGAACGGAGAAGGUGUGGUCAGGAACUUCAAACAGUCCGAGCAGCUGUUCUUAUGUGCGCUGAACUACGGCGAUCCGAACGCUAUGGACAACCUUGUCAGUCUCUAUCUGGCGUCUGGAAACAUCAACAAGGCCGAGAAAUUGAAUGAGAAAUCCAAAAAGCAGGGUUCGAAGCUUGCGCGCCUUAAGGAGAAAGCAAUAGCCCAAAUGAUACUGGAGAGCAACGCAGACAUCUCGGACGUAAUCGAUUGGGAAAAGGAGCUCAAUCAGCCGUUCGAAAACAUGACUAUCCGUGAGAGAGUUUUCCGCAAACUUUCAUACGAAUACCCUGACAAAUCGGAAGUCUUGGAAACACUGAAAGACUUGGAGAGCAUCAAGAACAAAUCAGUCAGUGUGUCGCCCACCAGAAUCACAAGAAAUGGUUACAAGUACGAUUUGGAGGUGUUGGCCAAGCGCAAGGACAAAUCAGAGUUUAGCAACCGGAUGUACUUAGCUGUGCUGAACUAUAUGGAGGCCAUGGUCGCAUUUCACAGCAUUGCACGGCACAGCAUUGUUGUUCUCGACAACGAUUCAAGGUCGUUCAUUGGCCGGCUGGCCAUGUGCUACAAGCUGGAGCACUUUGUCGGAUCCAUGCCGAUCGAUAUCCGCGAGGUCAUCCGAAAGCACGUUCUUCUGCUUUUGUCAUACAGCGACCGCACAGUAAAACACUGCGAAAACAUCGACGAGCUGGCAUUUAACCAGGACUGUAGAAUCUGCCAUGCGGUACUGAAUAUGCAAUCCGACGAAAACAUAGACUUUCUGACAGAAUGCAUCAAGAAGUAUCCCAACAACAAGUUCUUCCUGGAGAUUCGCGGGUGUCUGUACAACUUCAUCGACAAACACGAAUUUGCACUGCGAGACUUCAAUCGCAUUGAGGAGAUUUCGAAAGACGAUGUGAACAACCUAUAUCACAAAGCCGCUACGUUGAAGCUAAUGGGCCGGGACAAGCAAGCAACAGACGCAUACACCAAAUUCCUAUUGGUUGCGUCUGCGGACCACAGGAAGGUGCCCGAAGCCUACUACUCCUUGGGGGUCUGCAGCAUGUCGAAUAGAAACACAGACAGCAUCACGCGGCACUACGAACAGGGGCUGAACGCAGAGGAAAAGCAGAUUCCGUUCUUCUUGCCGUACGAGUCGACGAGCAAAGAGAUGCUUGAACUGAUGCUGCGGACUAUUGGAGGGCUCAGUAAGGUCAAGGAAAAACCUGUCGUCAAGCUGGCCGAUCCAUUUAGGAAGGAGCUGAUUGUGAACCACAGACGAGGCAUCAGCGAGUACGGCAAGAUCAUGAGCAGUGACGAACACGCCAAGUUCAAUUUCACAGCAAAGCCUUCGAAAAGCCAGAGCGCGCCACUGUCGUGGGUUGGACUGAAGUCUAUAUAUCUGAACGAAAUCAACCCCACUUUAGACCAGGUGCUUGACGGUUUUGUGCUGGAGCUCACGCUUAUAACGGUGCCGUUCAACAACAACAUGUCGAUUUCCUUUGUUGCAGAAGAUAGCAACUUGAAUGUGCAGCGGCAUAACGCAGUAAACACUACAGCCUCGGAUGUAGAUCGCGAUCUACUCGAAGGAUUAUCGGACGUGGCCAACAAGGUGUUUCAGAGUCCAAGCGAUGAGUACAAACCCUUUGGAGGUGCCCCUGUCGUCAUGUUUGGGGACUUUGGUCAAUUGGGUCCCAUCGUCAAAGGAGAACAGGCAGCUAUGGGAAAGUGGGUGUUUGAUUCGACCAUCUUUAAGGAUUUCAGUCGAGUCCGUCUCAGACAAGUGCAUCAUCAAGCCCAGGAUCAGAACUUUGUCAGAUUGCUGAACGCUCUCCGGGAUGGAAAAGAUCAACCAAGAGACAUUGAGCGUGUCAACGACAUGUUGGAAUCCCGAUUGGCCGGUGAUUACGAGACUGUGGUUAGGAAGGUCCUAAAGAAGAAGGCCCUCGUCAUUGCUGGCACAAGGUUCAAUGUCAAGAAAAUGAAUAUGGCUUGUCUUUCCAAAAUCCAGUCGACACUUUAUCAAUCUGAUGCUAUCGACACUGCAGUGGGAGGAAAACCGUUGGAAUGGCGCAAAGAAUAA